AUGAUCUCGACCACCCUCAUGACUUUCUUGUUGAUUACCAAACCCGAGGUCCGGUCGGUCAAACUGCUCGGAUCCUGGGAUAAUUUCUCCAGGCAAUAUGUAAUGGAAAGGGACAAGCGGGUUGGCCCCGGCCAUUGGAAAGGAUGUCAUACUUUUACAGAUAUCAUUGGCGACGGGCCUGACAAGAGUCAAUGGCGUACCGGGGGUCUCAAGAUGGGAGGCACAUACUGGUACUACUACUUGCUGGAUGAUGACAUUGAAUAUUAUAACGAAAGAGAACCUGCCACUACAAGCUGUCCUCUACUUCCGGGCCAGCCGGUGAAUGUGCUGAAUGUGCCCAUCAUCCUACCUGAUAGUCGAUCGCAUGAACGCUCGGGCAGCAGCGGCUCCACCAAGUCCGAAUAUCGAACCAUGAACCCCGAGGACAAGUUUAUGAACCCGCGCAAGCCGCCACCGCAGCCUCAACCAGUGCGUCUUCAGACGUCCACGUCCGUGCGACGCCAACUGAGUCCGGCAAUGGCUUCCAUUUCUCCGAUUGCUGGCAUGGUUCACAGGAGUAAGUCGCAGCCGAACAGUGCCACUCGCAGGAGCCACCGUUCGAAGGACUCGCGCUCCAUGUCUCCCCCGAGGGCACGGGCCCUUCGUGCUGCUUUGGGACAAACCAAUGCCAUGGAAGCCCGGGUGCCUGAGACAUGGCAAUCAAACAAUGCUUCAAACGAGUCGGUUGAGACUCGUCGCAAUGUGCCAGGUAUCAGAAUAAACGCUGGAAUCGCAAUUCCCUCCUCUCCGAACGCGCCUAACAAGCUGGGGCCCUCCACCCUCCAAAGUCGUCGCGCGUUGAAAACUGGAGAUGGAGCUCCAGGUCGUCUUCUUACUGUACAAACACGCCCUGGACCUCGUGGACUAGGUCCUUCUCGUAUCAACGGCAAUAAUGCAGCCCAUGAUGAGUCUCGUGCCAUCAGAAAUGCGCUGGAAGAUAUCGCGAACUCCAGUGACUUGCCAACACCAACCAAGCCAUUUGCUAAGAAAGAGAAGCGACUGCCAACGCUCCCGAACUCUCCAUCCUCCGUGAUGGAUGAAGCCGUCCGCGCCAUUGAUGAAAGAGACAAAGCUAUGGACGCGGAGGUCCUGCGUAGUCACUUCUCCAGCAUGACAAUGACAGACGAUUCUAUUCACUCGCGCAUUAUCGCAGAACGCAGUCGAUUCUCAGAAUGGAGCACCGACACUGAAACCGACGAUUACAACACUCCAGAAUCAAUGGUUUCAACCUCGACCUUCAACCAGGACUACAACUCCGAACUCGACGGCUCAGAUGACCGAUGGACAACCCCCGAACUUUCACAAUCCGGCGAUGCAGCAACCAACACAGACCCAAAUACUCCCCAUCUGACAGUCCACUCAAAACCCUCCUCUCCGAACUCGGCCUCCGGCGAAGGCGACCUCCCCUGGAACGUCUCCCUGCCCCACCUCACAGUUUCUUUAUCCUCCCCUAGUAUUAAUGGCUCAGGGCUGGGAAUCGAAGGAAUGGAUGAAGUGGAAAGUAAUCCAAAGCGCCACGCCGCCCUCUUCAGCGCCCUCGAAUCAAUGGAGGCACUCGCCAUGUCCCGCAGUCCCAAUUCCUCUCCCGUCAUCCUCCCCCAGAUCCUACGUGACUCGGUUUCGGAGAGAAAUAUUUCUGGACAGCGUAGACCCAGUCAUCAGACCGAGUCUAUUCGCUCUCGACGCAGCAAUGCAGAUCUCCACGGUGGCAAUGCUACCAUGCAGGAGUUAAUGGAUGAGCUUAGCUAUCUGAAGAAUAUCAUUCAGGCUGAGAUGGACGGCACUCCUUUCUGA